AGAAUGUCUUCCAGACUUCUUAACAAUAAAAAAUAUUAGAAAACAAGAUUAGCGUCUGUCAAAUGGGGCUCCCUCUCCAUUUCUCUCUGCACACCUUUCCUUUGGGGGGAGAAGAAGAGGAGAAUAGCAUGAAAAGUGCAAAAUGUUUCAAAUUCCUGUUCAAAAUCUUGAUAAUAUCAGGAAGGCUCGAAAAAAGGUGAAGAGCAUUCUUGUGGAUCUUGGACUCGACAACUGCAGGGAAUUGUUGAAGAAUCUUAAAAGUUUUGACCCAGGUGAAAAACACUUUUGUAAUACUUCGUGGAGUGAUGUCUCUCCUUGGGAGUCUGUGGGCAAAAGGAAGAGAUACAGAACAAAGCCGUACUGCUGUAGCUUAUGCAAGUUCUCGUCCAAAUUGCUUACUUCCUUCAGGAAUCACUUGCACCGUUACCAUGAGGAUGAGAUGGACCAAGAGCUGGUGGUUCCUUGCCCAAAGUGUGCAUUUGCUUCUGAUCCAAAAAUAGUGGGAAAACAUAUCAAGAUGUUUCAUUCAUCUAAUAAACGAACACAGAACUAUACAGUCAGCAUUUUGGGUGGCAUGAAACAAUUCAGGAAUGACAUUAUAAAAUUUACGUGUCUAAAAUGUCAGUUUACGGACACGCUGUAUUACAACAUGAAGAAACAUGUGCUGAUGAACCAUUUUCAAAACCUGAUAAGUAUAUAUUUUGGCCAGAAACUUGUUGAAAGUAAAGAGAAUUCUGUUGAGCACUACUGUAAAAAAUGUGAUGCUUCUGCAAACAGUCAAGAUUCUCUAAUGUACCAUGUCUUGACAGAUGAAACACACGGAGACCUAGAGAACAAGCUUCGGUCUGUGAUUUCAGAACAUAUUAAGAAACCAGGACUCACGAAACAAAUGCAUAUUGCUCCAAAGCCUCCCCCAGGCAGUCCUGUGGCUGCUCCGUCUGCGGGUCCUGUGGCUGCUCCUGCGGGUCCUGUGGCUGCUCCGGCAUGCAUCCAGCUCGCGUUUCCACAGAAUUGUCAAAACCAGAGUGUGGUGCAGCCACAAGUAGUUCAAAACACAGUCAGGCCGCUGGCUGUUUCAAGUGCCUCUGGUAGCCUUCCACAUACAACUUCUGCUCCAGCUGUUACCCCAUCGCACGUUGCUCUUGUAUCUAGUAAUCUUCCCGUAGGUCAGAGUAACGUUAAUAUUCAGCCAUCACCUUCCCAGCCUAUCAUUGUUUCCCAUAGGCUCCCCCUUAAUCAGCCUGUUAGGCCCGGAGCUAUUCCUCUUAAUCCUUCUGUUGGGACUGUAAAUAGACCUGUGGCCCCCGCUGUUCUUCCUCUUAAUCAGCCUGUCAGGCCUGGGCUCUUUCCUAUUAAUCAACCCAUCGGUACUAUAAAUGUUCCAGUUGCAGCUGGAACGCUACCUGUUACCCAGCCAGUCAAUCCUGUGAAUCAACCGGUUGCUGCGGGAGUUCUCCCUGUCAACCAGUCGCUGGGGAAUGUGAAUAGACCCAUUGGUCCAAGGGUCCUUCCUGUGGCGCAGACAGUUGCGUCAAACGUUCUCCAGCUUAGCCAGCCUGUUGCCUCUGGUGUUGUUCCUGUCAGACAGCCUGUCAGACCUGGGUUUCUUCAGCUUAAUCAGCCUGUUGCCCCGGCAGUUAUCCCAGUAAAUCAGCCAGUUCAGUCUGCGGUUUCUCAAAACACAACUUUUCUGACGACAGGUUCCAUACUUAGGCAGUUGAUUCCAACUGGUAAGCAGGUGAAUGGGAUACCUACGUACACGCUUGCCCCAGUUUCAGUUACGUUGCCCAUGCCUCCUGGGGGUGGAGUAGCAACUGUUACGCCGCCCCAAGUGCCCAUCCAGCUCAUGCAGCCUGGGCCAGUAACUCAGUUGUCCCAGUCACCGGCCAGCGCUCCCUCUCCUCCUGUAGUUUUAACGUCUCCAAAUAUAGUGUUGCAAGGCUCCUCGCCUGGUCCUGAAACCAGUCACGCUGUCAGACAGGCCAAGCAGUGGAAGACUUGCCCUGUUUGCAAUGAGCUUUUCCCCUCAAAUGUCUACCAGGUGCACAUGGAAGUGGCCCACAAACAUGGUGAAGUAAAAAGGGAGGAGACCCAGGAGCCUGACAAGCUUGCAGCUUUCGCCCCCUUUCUGUGGAUGACAGAAAAGACAGUCUGGUGUUUCUCCUGUAAAUGUUUUCUCUGUGAGGAAGAGCUCAUGAAGCAUCUCUUGAUGCAUGGCUUGGCUUGCUUGUUUUGCACAGUUACUUUCCAUGACUUAAAAAGCCUCGUGGAGCACAAUAAAACUGCACAUGAUGGGAAAAAGCAGUUACACGCAGAUUAUAGCAACAGAGGAUUUCAACUAGGUAAUGAUGCUCAGGGUGACCUUGUAUUUCCACACUUUGAUUUCAAUACAGUGUUACCGAAAGAAGACAUUGGUGAAAGGGAAGUACAUUUGAUAGUGCUUGCUGGACUGAGUUCCAGGAUCCUUGUCCCUGUUUACGUCAAAGUGAAACCUCAGUCAGCAGAAGUGAACAACAGAUCCAGCAGGAAAAUAUUAACUUGUCCCUUUUGCUUCGGUACGUUUGUUAGCAAAGAGACCUACGAAACGCAUUUGAAGGAGCGGCAUCACAUAAUGCCAACCGUACAUACGAUUUUGAAGUCUCCUGCUUUCAAGUGCAUCCACUGUUGUGGUGUGUACACGGGAAAUAUGACCCUGACGGCUAUUGCCGUCCACCUGCUCCGUUGUAGAAGUGCUCCCAAAGACAGCAACUCGAGAGUGAAGAUGCAGCUUGAGCGUACCGAGAAGAAAGAGCUCCUGUUUGUCAACGGUGAAAAGCAUGAUUCUGUGAUGCUGAAACGAAAGCAGUCGGAUUCCUGCUUUGUUGGAGAAGACCAAAGGAAUAAGGAACAGCAGCCUCUGAGCAUAAGUACUGGCAUAGCUCUGUCUCCAGAAGAAGUGAAUUCCGGGGUAGUGCCUUUCAAACGACAAAAGAUGAAUAGUAGGGCUGAGAUGAAGCUUCCUUGUACUGAGGAUUUUCACAUUCUAGCAGUAGAUCCUAAACGGUACGAUCACAAUUCGUAUGAGUCUCAAAACCAGUUUUUGACAGACUACUUUAACGAGAGGCCAUAUCCUUCUAAAAAGGAGUUGGAAUUGCUUUCCUCGCUGCUGUAUGCGUGGAAAAUUGAUGUUGCAUCGUUCUUUGGGAAAAGGAGGAAUAUAUGCUUAAAGGCGAUAAAUAAUCACAGACCCUCUGUGCUGCUGGGUUUCAGUAUGUCUGAACUAAAAAAUGUUAAGCACAGUUUGACGAUAGAAGACACAUCAUUAGAUAUGUAA